GGCGCCGCCAGCCCGCCUCGCCCCUCAGGGCUGGAAGCCCAGGCAAGGGUUCUGCCCCUGGCUCGUGCUCCAUUCAGCGUUGAGAGCUGUCGGUUGGGACCGCAAACUUCACUCACGGAGAAAGAGCAACGAAUCUCCAGAGGUUUCCAGAUUUCUGGCUAACCCUCGAGAGAAGACUGGCAGCGGACUAUGCAUCUAGAGAACAAAGAUGGCCAGCUGGCCUCCAGCAUGCUCGAGGUGGAGCUGCAUCAGAAAUCUGCUCCGGCUUAUGCAGGCCCUACAGGGCUGGCACCCGCAGGACUCGCCCACAGCAACCACAGACCUCUGCAGGGGGUCAGCAGGCUGGACCCUUCCAGCUCCUACCCCAGUCGGGCUGCUGGGCAGGACGGUUGGUCUCCCACACACCGGGAUUUUGGCUCAUUCCUCAUGGAGGAGAGGUCUCAUACUCCGUUGUCCCAGCUCUUCAGCUCCAGAUCUAAAGACCCCUGCUCUACAGAAAACACUCCUUUGCUGAGGCAUUCCUCAUCAGAGAAAGGGCCCCUUUACCAUCCAGAGUUCAUCACUGCUGCAGAAUCCUGGGAAAGCAGCUCUGCUGAGUGGGAGCGCCGAUGCCUGCUGAGCAGAGAGGUGGAGGGCUUGUCUACGUCUGCCUCCUCGGAGAAGGGGGAGCUUCCAGAGGGCGCUCUGGUUGGAUUCCGCCUCUCAAGACUGAGGUGCUGCAUGCGGUGGCUGAAAAUCACAGGCUUGUUCGUCUUUGUGGUGUUGUGCUCUAUUUUAUUCAGCCUGUAUCCAGAUCAAGGGAAGUUCUGGCAGUUGUUGGCUGUGUCACCACUGGAAAGCUACUCUCUGAACCUCAGCAGCCGUGCUGAUUCCACGUUACUCCAGGUGGACCUGGCAGGGUCCCUGACAGCUGGCGGGCCAAGUCGUCCCGGGAGAGAAGAGCAUGUCGUGGUAGAGGUGACCCAGACGGAUGCUUCAGGUUCCAGGAGGCGGCGGCCACAGCAGGUCAUUCACAAUUGGACAGUAUUUUUAAAUCCAGGAAGUGAACACUCCGUGGUGAGCAAGACCUUUGAGAUUUUGAGCAGGGAGACGGUUUCCAUCCACAUUCGGGCCGCCCUGCAGCAGACCCAGGUGGUCCCUCUUUUGCUGGCUCAUCAGUACCUCCGUGCAAGCGUGGAAGCACAAGUGACCAUCGCUGCAGCCAUCCUCGCGGGGGUCUAUGGCCUGAUUAUAUUUGAGAUUGUUCACAGAACCUUGGCAGCCAUGUUGGGUUCCCUUGCAGCAUUGGCAGCACUGGCUGUGAUUGGUGAUAGACCCAGUCUGACCCACGUGGUGGAGUGGAUCGAUUUUGAGACCCUGGCCCUGCUGUUUGGCAUGAUGAUCCUUGUAGCCAUAUUUUCAGAAACUGGAUUUUUUGAUUAUUGUGCUGUAAAGGCCUACCACCUGUCCCGGGGAAGAGUGUGGACCAUGAUCAUCAUGCUGUGUCUCAUUGCUGCCGUCCUUUCAGCCUUUUUAGACAACGUCACCACGAUGCUCCUCUUCACUCCUGUGACCAUAAGAUUAUGUGAGGUGCUCAACCUUGAUCCGAGACAAGUUCUGAUCGCGGAAGUGAUCUUCACAAACAUUGGAGGAGCUGCCACCGCCAUUGGGGACCCACCCAAUGUCAUUAUUGUUUCCAACCAGGAGUUGAGGAAGAUGGGCCUGGACUUCGCAGGAUUCACCGCACACAUGUUCAUUGGGAUUUGCCUCGUCCUCCUGGUUUCCAUUCCACUCCUGAGACUCCUUUACUGGAACAAAAAGCUUUAUAACAAGGAACCUAGUGAGAUUGUUGAACUGAAGCACGAGAUUCAUGUCUGGCGCCUGACUGCACAGCGCAUCAGCCCAGCCAGCCGGGAGGAGACAGCGGUGCGAGGCCUGUUGAUGCGGAAGGUGCUGGCACUGGAGCGCUUGCUGGCACGGAGGCUGCACACCUUCAACAGGCAAAUCUCACAGGAAGACAAAAAUUGGGAGACCAAUAUCCAGGAGCUGCAAAAAAAGCAUAGGAUAUCAGACCGGAUUCUGCUUGUCAAAUGCCUGACAGUGCUGGGAUUUGUUAUCUUCACGUUCUUCCUCAAUUCAUUUGUCCCUGGCGUUCAUCUUGAUCUAGGAUGGAUUGCUAUUCUGGGUGCCCUCUGGUUGUUAAUUUUAGCUGAUAUCCAUGAUUUUGAGAUAAUUCUACACAGAGUGGAAUGGGCAACCCUUCUAUUCUUUGCAUCACUCUUUGUUUUGAUGGAGGCGCUGGCACAUCUCCAUUUAAUAGAAUAUGUCGGAGAGCAGACUGCUUUGCUAAUAAAGAUGGUCCCAGAGGAUAAGCGCCUAGCUGCCGCCAUCAUCCUGGUUAUAUGGGUAUCAGCCUUGGCAUCAUCCUUGAUUGACAAUAUCCCAUUCACUGCUACAAUGAUUCCUGUGCUUCUGAACCUGAGCCGAGACCCUGAGGUCAGCCUGCCUGCACCACCACUCAUGUAUGCCCUGGCCCUUGGUGCCUGCCUGGGAGGUAACGGGACACUGAUUGGAGCUUCAGCAAACGUUGUUUGUGCAGGGAUUGCCGAACAGCACGGAUAUGGAUUCUCUUUCAUGGAAUUUUUCAGGUUGGGUUUCCCGAUGAUGAUUGUGUCCUGCACUGUCGCGAUGUGCUAUCUCCUCGUUGCGCACGUUGUGGUGGGAUGGAAUUAAUAGGUAUCCGUCACCUGAAGACUAAGGGAAACCUGAUCCAUCUCCAACACCUGUCAGAAAACCUCCCCAAGAUCACUCUCUGGAGAAGAAAAAGUGCUUACCAUGGAGAUGCUGCACAGUGGAGUAGACUCGGCGUUUAUGCUCAUCCGGGUGAAUGCUGGCAAAUCACGACCUCCUCUCAUGUGACUUUUUCCCAAGAACAAAAGAUAGGAAAUACAACAUAACUUGCUGAAGAUUCCCUUACAGUAAAAUGUGAUCAAAAACACUUCUUGCUUUUCUUGUUAAGACAAGACACAAUUUCACUCAAAAUGGCUUGUUCUCAUUAAUUGUCCCUUUUCCUGAGGCUAACAUGUAUCCAAUUAUUCUUCUUGUGAUCUCUUUUCUGUUAAAAUAAUCAGCAUUCAAACUGUAUGCCCCCCACCCACAAAGAUAGACUCUUAAUAGGAAACAGUAUACCAUUUGUAAGGAAAUA